AUGACGCCCGACUUUGUUAAAUUCCGGGAGACGGCCAAGGUGUUCCGCCCGGAAGACAUGCCGUUGGUGACGCGUAAGGGCGUAUACCCCUACGAGUACACUGAUAGUUGGGCUAAAUUGGACGAAACGGAACUACCACCUCAGGAGAACUUCCGCGACAUCUGUACUUCAACAUACAAUUUGGACCCGGCGCACUAUUACACCGCGACCGGUUUUAGCUUCGAUUGUAUGUUGAAGCCAGNGGCCGUCAAGCACUAUGCAAAGGCCAACAAUUCUAAGACACCCGAUUACGAUCCGUCAAAACCAGAAUCAUGGAUCGUGUACCAAGACUGCAAUAACCUUUACGGGUGGGCUAUGAGUCAGCCCAUGCCGUACGGUGGCUUCCGGUGGUAUAAAGGAGCAGACCCUCUGGCUGACCUCCAAUCGUUGUCGGACACUGGUAAUACGGGGCGUAUAUAUGAAGUGAACGUAUCGUAUCCACAAGAGCUGCAGGACGAGCACACNGGGCGUAUAUAUGAAGUGGACGUAUCGUAUCCACAAGAGCUGCAUGACGAGCACAACGACUUGCCGUUCUUGCCUGUCAACGAUGUACCGCCGGGUUCCAAAGAGACCAAACUCAUGGCCACUUUGAAACCCAAACAGCGGUACGUCGUACACUAUGUCAACUUAAAACAGGCAAUCGCACACGGACUGCAAGUCGAUAAAGUGCACCGCGUUUUAGAGUUUCAACAAAGUGCUUGGUUGAAACCAUACAUUGAGUUGAACACUGAAAUGCGGAAAAAGGCGGCAAAUGCUUUUGAAAUUGCAUUUUUCAAACUAAUGAACAAUGCCGUCUUUGGGAAAACAAUGGAGAACAUGCGGAAACGCAUACGCAUUGAGCUAAUCUCCAGUCCCGAACGUCUAAGCAAGCUCGUAAACCAAUCAACCUUCAACGACUGUAUCAAAUACGGUGAAAGGUUGUGCGCCGUCAUAAUGGACACAAAGAUGGUCAAGAUUAUCAAACCUAUAUACGUCGGUUUAGCAGUGCUUGACAUUAGCAAGACGCUAAUGUACAAGUACUUCUACGACAUAUUAAAACCACAUUAUGGCAGUGCAAUCGAAUUGGUUUACAUGGAUACAGACUCCUUCAUAUACCUGCUCAGAGUAGGCGACUUCUACCAGGAUUUAGCUGAUAGCCCCGAUUUACUGGUGCACGUGGACGCAUCUAGCCUGCCCAAAGAUCACCCUUGCUACUCCACCGAUAGAAAGAAAAUGCCCGGCUUGUUUUCAGACGAGACCAGUGGCCUCAUCCUCUUUGAGAUCGCUGCACUUCGAUCAAAGUGCUACGCAUUUGACAUGGAAGACAGCGAACUCAUAAAGUCUAAGGGGAUCCGCGGACACGUCGUCCGGAACCAUCUGUCUUUGGACGAUUACAAACGGUGUUUGUUUAAAGACGAUGGUGAUGGUGACGAUGCAUCAAAACGAGCAUUGGCUGAAGAGAAUGCCCGUGCGGUCAUCGGAGUGAUACGCGGUGGUGAAUCUCCACCGACAUUAUCGUUAAUGUGUCAAUCCGUUCUUUUGAGCACGAGGUACGCACUUUACAUACAACCAAGUUGACGCUUAACCGAUUCGAUGAUAAGCGCUACACGCUCGACACGUUGGCACACGGGCAUUAUGUUAUACCACC